CUCGCUGGGAAAGUGGGAGGUGAAUGUUGUCAACGUGACUGUCAUCGAGCAACGUUCGCGGGGCAGAGAACAGCGGAGCCGUCGCUGCUCCGCCAGUCUGUAGCGUCGGGACUUGGAAAGUGGCCGGGCGGGGAAGAGAGGGAGAAGAAGAGACAAGGCAAGCCGACCUCGGGGGGAUUCAGGGAAGAUGGAAAUAAGCCGUCGUUUUCGAAUAUCGCCUUUCAUAGACGCGUUGUAACGUUCAGGACAACUUAUCGUGUUUUUUUUUAUUAUUAUUUAUUUUGUGGGGAGCCAACCAGCCGCUAGCUAGCGUUAGCAAAGCCAACGGCUGCUGCUCCUGUCAGACACGCACAGGUACAGGAGAGGAGGAGAGGAGGAGAGGAGGAGAGGAGGAGAGGAGGGGUCGGUGACAAAGGAAGGUGGCGAGAUAACGAUGAACCGCUUUCGAAAGUGGCUGUAUAAGCCCAAGAGGACGGACCCUCAGCUCCUGGCCCAGUUCUACUAUGCUGAUGAAGAGCUGAAUCAGGUGGCCACUGAGCUGGACGGCCUCGAUGGCAGGAAGGACCCUCAGAGAUGUACCCUGCUGGUCAACCAGUUCAGAUCCUGUCAGGACAAUGUGUUGAACAUUAUCAAUCAGAUCAUGGAUGAAUGUAUCCCCAACGACCGGGCCAACAGAGACUUCUCUGUCAAGUUCCCUGAGGAGAUUCGUCAUGACAACUUGGCUGGGCAGCUGUGGUUUGGGGCUGAGUGUUUGGCUGCCGGUUCCAUUAUCAUGAACAGGGAGAUAGAGAGUAUAGCAAUGAGACCCUUGGCUAAGGACCUUACUCGCAGCUUGGAGGAAGUACGCAACAUCACCAGAGACCAGGCCCUGAGAGACCUCAACUUGUACACGGACCGCAUGAGGGACGCAUUGCGACAUUUCGACAGCCUUUUUGCUGAGUUUGAGCUCAGUUAUGUGUCAGCCAUGGUGCCUGUGAAGUCUCCCAAAGAAUACUAUGUACAGCAGGAGGUGAUCGUGCUCUUCUGUGAGACUGUGGAGAGGGCCCUGAAGCUGGGCUAUCUCACACAAGACUUGAUCGAUGACUAUGAACCUGCACUGAUGUUUACAAUUCCCAGACUAGCCAUUGUGUGUGGGCUGGUUGUGUAUUCAGAUGGACCUCUCAACCUCGACCGAAAGUCAGAGGACAUGUCUGAGCUCUUCCGGCCUUUUCGCACUUUAUUGAAGAAAAUCAGAGACCUGCUUCAGACCCUGACUGAGGAGGAGUUGAUUACACUGGAGAGAAACUUGUGUAUCUCUCAGGACGGGGAGCUGUCCACAGAGCAGGAGCUGGCCACAAACAGCUCAUCAGCUCCGGUCCAAGAGAAUCACUCGUCCUGCAGCCCAGCUAAUGACUCCUCCAAGGGGGAGAGUGGCGGGGAGCAGGAGCAUCUGGCUGUGUUUGUCUGUCCCAACCAGGGGGAUGAGCUGGCUGAAGUGGAAAAGGGGUGGGAGGAGGUGGAAACCGAGAGGGGGGAGGAGGAGCAGGAGCAGGGCCUGCUGUGUGAGGAGGCAGAGGAGGCCGAGUUGGCCUGCUCCAUGCAGUACGAUGAGGAGGAACUGGAGCAGCUCAACAUGAUGGUGUACCGCGUGGGAGACGAGAUGUCCACCCUGCUGUCGCCUCCCAGCCAGGGUCAGUCCCCAGCGCACCAACCCCACAGAGGGGAGGCAGGAGGCUCAAGUGGGGCUUCCAGCACUGAGGCCUCUCCCCGCAGGCUCUUGGUGAGCCGGGGAAGGACAGGAAUCUAUGUAGAGGAGGAGGACAGGGUCUUCCUUAUAGAUGACCUGGACGCGGCAGGAGACAGCAUAACCAGCAUCUCAAGAGAGGCCUAUAGUUGUGUCGCCUCUCCUUCCAAAGCACCAGAGUCUGUUCGUCCUAUACACCGCAAGCCGGGACCACGGCCAGACUCUACCAGGAACGGCUGGUACCCUGAGGCCCAGUCAGAGCAGCCAUAUCCACAGCCACGCAGCCAGAACACACACUGUCCAAAGGCAAAGCACCCUCCUUGCACCUCUGCUCCUGGCUCUGAACCUCUGCCUUACACAAACGGGUGGGAGAUGGGUUUGGAGGGGACAGCGUCUGAAACAGCUGAGGUCGUCGCUCACCGUAUGGGUGGGAUGAAGCUGUCUGCCACAGUCAUCUUCAACCCUCGCUCCCCCAGCUUGACAGAGCUGGCCGUGGACAAGCUACUGCUGCCACGGCCCGCUCCCUCUGAGAUUGAGCCCUGUGGCCCCCUGGUGGCCACUCACUGCCUGCUCAACUCCUGUGUCUGCUGUGGGAGCUGUGAGGAUGGCCACGAGGAUGCCAUCACCACAGAGACCACGGGACUCGGAUUAGGCAUCACCCUAGGAUUGGACAAACACUGUAAGACAGCAGCCCCCAGCUCUGUCAUCCAAUCUUCUGCUUGCCGGCUGCCCCCACGAGGCCACGAGCCUCGCAGUAAAGGUGAGCUCGCCCAGUUGACUCCCCCUUCUUCCCGCUGCUCUGCAGAGACCUUGGAAGAGGAUUCAAACUUCCAGCUCUGUGAGAAGUGCCUGGUGGUGGCUCCAGGGCCAGGGCAUCACUCUCAAGACUGUGGCUCCAGUGGAGAGGAUGGACCCUCCUUGUGCAGCCACCAGCUGGGGACUGAAAAGAAGCAGCAGGCCAGCGGAGGUCGACAGAGGGACAAGGAGAUGGAAAAGGAAAAGCCAGUAACUAAAGACUCGAAGAGGGACACCAAAGAGGACAGCAGGAGGAGCUCUAGUUUUCAGAACUCUCCUCUCAGCUCUGUGUCAGGUAGUGACUGUGAGAGUGUGUCGGUCACCACAUGUAGUCUGUCAAGCAGUGCAUACACUCCCAGCCCUGUCAGCAGUUUGACUCCCAGCUCGGGGACGUCAGAAGAUCUGGACCAUCAAGAGAUCCAGCUUGCCAUCCAAGAUGCUAAGAUGGCAGCCAGGAAUAAGAUCCGAUCACGCUUCCACAGCAGCAGCGACCUCAUUCACCGCCUCUUUGUUUGCAUAUCAGGUGUUGCUGAUCAGCUCCAGACCAACUAUGCUAGUGACCUUCGCAGCAUCCUCAAAACUCUGUUUGAAGUCAUGGCAACCAAGUGUGAGCAGGGUGACAACGAUAAGCAAAAGAAAGUAGGUCCUGUUCUGCGUAGUGCAGUGCUGGAGGACUGUGCUCUCUGCCAGGAGACCAUUUCUUCAUCGGAAUUGGCAGCCAAGGCGCGGGAGGGCCAGUUCGAAGACCCUCCAGACUGGGUGCCUGAUGAAGCCUGCAACUCCUGCAUUGCCUGCAAGGCUCCUUUCACUGUCAUCCGUAGGAAGCAUCACUGUAGAAGCUGUGGAAAGAUCUUCUGCUCUCGCUGCUCUUCCCAUUCUGCUCCUUUGCCUCGAUAUGGCCAGGUGAAGCCUGUCAGGGUUUGCACACACUGCUACAUGUUUCAUGUCACGCCCUUCUACAGCGACAAGGCCGGCAUCUGACCCCAGAUCAUCACCGAAAGCACACAGUCCGCCACGGCAAGAGCAUAUGCAACUGACAGAUCCACAGCUGUGUACAAAGCAAAUGCCACACUGCUCUGGUUAAAUUUAAUGGUCGCCAUCAUACCCGCUAAGCAAGGCUUCAGAGUAAGGCUGUUACAGAUGACAGAGCAGAGAGACGACAAGAGACACGCAGCCACGAGCGAUGAUUCUGUUGCUUCAGAGAGACUGGUGCAUCCCUGGGAACCAAAGGGUUUGAUUUCAGUGCGCAGCCAACACACACAAAUUAUUCACAAAUGCCUGCCUGACUACAGUGGUGAAAUAGGGAGUGGGGAUGAACAGGCAAUAACUGAUUUUGAACUGGCAUUGUGCAACGGUCCUCUGUAGCAGUUUGCAGCACAAACUGAGAACAGGCCACCUUGUUUGUUUUGUUGCUUUACGUGUAAAUGAAAGGACUUGUGACAUAUUUUCUUAUGCUUUAGCGAGCUUCCUACGUUUGUGCCAGAGUUCCCACGGGACUCGGAUUACUCAAAAGAAUGUAAGUCAUGAUAACCAUGUAAAUAAGGAUAAUUCUGGUAAUAGCUACACUGCAAUGUCUUCAGUAAACGGUUACUGUUUAUAUGGGAGCUGGGAACGCAAUGUCCACCAGGUUACCAGUCCCAGUAAAGCAAAAAUGAAAAAUGGACAGCUUUUAUAUUGGGAUUCCUUCAUGCUUUUAAUGGCAAUGAAUGUGUAAUUAUCACUUGAAAUGGGGUCUAUGUUCCAACAAGUAUGACUGUUCACCUCUUAAUGGCAAUGGGCUGUGCCCUUUGCUUCUACAGUUGCACCAUAGCAUGUUUAGUUUUCUCUGGGGACUCCGCUGCACUCUGAGAUGGAUAAAAGGGAUUCCUUAGUCAUCGCUGUCAGGUCUUUGAAGGCCCCCUAGUGGAGAGUUGACCUCUCUUCGCUCAGUGCUCUCAUCAACAUAUUGUGAACAAUUUGUUCUGAACUAGAGGCCUUCUCAGGUGCUGGCCUACAGACUACAGGCCGAUUAUUACCCACUGAUUUCUCUUCUCUUUCAAUAUAGUGCAAUAUUGUGACUACUAACUGCAAUGGUCCUGCACAUUUUAGAGACAACCCUUUGCUAUUUGGAUUGUAGUUAUAUGCCAUUUCUCAAGGGAGAAGUUUGAUUGGGGUUUAACUAAAUUAUUUCUCUUUGGCUUUGGCAGUACCAUCGGACAGGAACGUAUAUUUUGUUCUCGCACUGACUUCCUUUGUGCUCUUCAGUCUGCUUCCAUUGCAACAACAACAUACAAAGUAUCUUCCAUGCUCAUUAUAUAUUACAGUUUGUACAUCUGAAUGGUUUGAAGUGGUCGAUCUGCAUAUAUGGACCUUUGAGCGACAUUAAUGAACUAUAACAUUAUGUCCAUUCUGCUCUGACGUAAAGCAGUUUCUCAGGCAUUACAUAAUCAAAAUCACUCACCUACUGUUGGAUCAAUUUUAUUUUCAUCAAAGAACAUAUGAACUGACUUUGAAAAGGUAUGUUUUUUUUUUCUUUUAUAAAGAACAAAAAUAAUGUAUGAAGCUAUACUUACUUUUAUGUAAAAUACAAGGAAUCAUGCAGUAAUUAAAGGGCGGGAUAUCCUAUUAUUGUUUCAGAGCUGCGUCUUAUUUUGUAAAAUUACAGGACAUUUACAUGAUAAGAGCUGUGUGAAAUAUUCAAACAAACAAAUGAUGUUAUAUAGUUUUAAAUGCGAUGUAUAUUGAAAUAAAUUACUUUUUCCUGUUUAAAAAA